CAAAAGAGAAAAAAAAAUUAAAGGAGAAAAAUUUUGGGAGACAGGAAAUGGGUCACCAUUCUUGCUGCAACCAGCAAAAGGUGAAAAGAGGUCUAUGGUCACCAGAGGAAGAUGAAAAGCUCAUCAGAUAUAUCACCACUCAUGGGUAUGGAUGCUGGAGUGAAGUCCCUGAGAAAGCUGGGCUUCAAAGAUGUGGUAAGAGUUGUAGAUUGAGAUGGAUUAAUUAUCUUCGGCCGGAUAUCAGAAGAGGAAGGUUUACACCUGAGGAGGAGAAGUUGAUUAUUAGCCUUCAUGGGGUUGUAGGGAACAGAUGGGCUCAUAUUGCUAGUCAUUUGCCUGGAAGGACAGAUAAUGAGAUAAAGAACUACUGGAAUUCAUGGAUCAAGAAGAAGAUUCGAAAGCCUAAUCCGGCACCUUCUAUUAGUUCUGCCACUACUAAUACCAGCAGUGCUCCUAAUCUUGAGAAUUCUUCAAUUAACUAUGCUCCAAACCAUGUUGAUCAGUUACUGUUGAGUCAAGACUUGACCACAAGGCCACCAACUCAAGAAAACCUAUUUUCUUCUCCUCCACCAUUAUUUAUGUUUGAUACCAGUCCAGUACUAGAUGGGAUUCAAAAUAGAGACAUGUUCAACGAGCACGCAAGUUUAAACACUGAUGCUUGGAAUUUGAACCAACAGCAAGUGCAAGCAAUACCAACUUCCAGUUCUUUUGCUGCUGCUACCACUAUGGACACCAACUAUUUGCCACCAUUGAUAGAGAAUAUGGAACACAUGGCACCUAUAGAAGUCGAGUCGUGUAGCAUGGUGGAUGAGGAAGGAGAGAUAGCACUAGAGUGCUUGAGGAGACAGCAAGAGUUAAAUGAUUGGGUGGUGGAAUCACAACAAUGUCCCAACUUUUGUUUUUGGGAUGUCAAUGUUGAGGGAGUGUCACUUGGUGGGGAGGAAAUUGCACCGGCGCCUUCAUCAAAUAUGGGAGCUACGCUAUCUUCUUUUCCCUGAUUUUUUUUUUCUUUUUGGGGAUCAAAUUAAUUACAGUUCUAAUAAGUUAUAUAUAAAUGUUAAUGGGGUGAAUCAGUCUCCUGAGGCGUGAGCAGCUUGCAAAAAUGUGGCCAGGCUUUUUAAAAAAGAGUUUGUCUUUCUUUUUUUUCUUCCUUUUCAGCCUUUGUAACUUUAUUAUUGGGGUAAUUGUGUUGAGCUUGUGCAAUGUGAGAAAAUGCCAACAUGUAUGCCUGA